UCGAAAAACCUACCACCAAAAUGAAUUGCGCGAUCAUAUCUUUGGUUACAAUAUCUGUGGUUUAUGCUAAACCACACCUUCACCAGAUAGGUGGAGCAACGCAACAUCGGCCUUCUUACGUCAUCGGUGCAGUAACUCAUCAAAUUUCAAUUAUCGGGCCUGCAACUCACGAAGCUACCGUCGUUGGACCCCAAACACAAGGAGUUAUCAUUGUCGGACCACAAACUUAUGGCGCAACUAUUAGGGAACCCCGCAAUCAUGGUGAUACCAUUAUUACUUCCAACGAACGCAGAGAAGCCGAUGUAGACAUGUGUCUUGUGACUCACCACAGGCGUAUUGAUGUAGGAAAACAACUCAAAGAAAUUGAACAGACAAAGGGUCAUCGCGGAGUUUACAUCUUCCGGAAAAAUUCACGCUGA